AUGACAAAGCCAAAUAUAUUUAGCAAGAUCAGGACUACAAGUGAAAGCGAAAAUAAAAAUGACCGCAACGACAAUGGGAGUGGAAUUCCAGAGGAAAGGAAAAUUACCAAGAAUAGGGAUAGAGUGAUACCCACUACACCGACUUCUCCAGAUGUAACCGCUCAAAACAUACAUUCGCGUCGUAUAUAUUCUUCAGACAUAAACCCACAUCCCGCAUAUUCAUCUCCAAAAAUAAACCCACUUCAAUCGCACCCACCCAUUUUGCGCCAAAACUCCCUCCCAACAUUCACGACCUCCAACUCUUCCACGACCAACAACUCGGCCGAAAAGAUGUUUCUGAAAUUCUAUCGCGAAGCUGAAUCUAUCUCUGACAUCAAUCAGAGAUGUACAUUCCUCCUCAAUCAAUGUCAAAACUUAUCCGAAAAGGUCUCCAAGUACGCAAGUACCUUGAAAAUAUACCAAGGACAAGUCGAUAUUUUUGAGAAAGCGGCUGAGGCAAAGGAAAGAGAUCAUAAAUUAAAGAUGAGUAAAGAGCAAGAGAAGAGAUUGAAAUUUGAAAAAGAGUUGCAGACAUCGAAAGCCUUGUUAGACACUUUACACCAAAAUACAACAUCUGUGAUAAAAUGGUCAGAUUCAGAUCCAAAUAAUUCUGUGUACAUCUCACGAGCGCUCGAAUCGUUGCUCGAGCCACUUUUAGAGAUAGGCCAUACUAAACGUCAUGUUGACAUUAAUCAGGCUCAAGCAGCGGAAUUGCUAAAAAUGUAUAAUUGUAAAAUGAAAGUCGGGGAGCAAGGAUUUAAAGUGGUAUUGAGCUGCGCUCUGCAACGACUGGUCGUUGAGAGCGUGCUUAGCUUCAUGAGCACAUGGUUAGGACACGUUGGAUAUCCGCAAAAGGAGAGCGUGAAUGGAAAAGUGAGCAAGAUUGUCGCAGAGUGGGUUAGGAGGGUAGAACAGUCGGGCGUGGGAAAUACAAACGAGAUUUACGGCACGGCUAAUCCGGAUUCGCAAGAAUUCGAAAUAGUAAAGCAUUCAAAUUAUUUAUUAACGAUAAUGGAAAAUUUCAAAAAUAAGUCUGAUGCAAAAGGAAUCCAUGAGCAGACGAGAGUACUGAUCAGGCAGCAGGUUUCUUCCUUGUUGGGCCAGCAUGCGUUUGCACCAUCUUCCCAAACCGUUUCGGGGCAACCACGUCCACACCCAUUCAUUUUAUUCUUGACAUCCGAGAUCAUAUCGCUUGUUUCUACCUACGUCUCAUAUCGUUCUUUCACUUCUCGGACUUCCUUUCCAUAUUCACAUCCUCUUUACCCCACAGUCGUAUCUUUCCUUCAGUCACUAAUUUCUGUAAUGCAUUUCCAACUCGCAACCCAAGAUCCUGUACCUCAAUGGAGGUUUUAUGAAGCCGGGGAUAGAAAAAAACAAAAGAAAGGAGGAUUGGAAGUUGAGAUAUGUUGGUUUCCAAUCGUCGCAUUAAAUACCGACAUUGUUAAGAAGCCGGAUCAGAACAGAAGUAUUUAUUGUAAAGCGAGAGUCUGGGCACGAAAAAGUGGUCUCGAUGACGGCAAAUGA